UCUGAGAAGAAAUGAAAGAUAGCUGUGAUGCUGUUUUAUUUUUGAAUUGUGAGCCGCCUCUUUAUUAAAAUAAUAUAAAGAUAUUCUAUUGUCGUUGUUGUUUACUUGACUUCUACAAUACUUGCUUUGUUGUUAGUGAUGCCUUGUAGCCUUCUGACGACAGGUCUUCUGUUGAUAUAUAUCAGUCCAUUCCUGUCUUAUAAAUUGCUUCAAUGAAGAAAUAGAAUGGAGAGAAAUAAAGAAGAAGGAGGUUGUUUUGUUAAAAAUGAAGUCUGUAAAGGUCAAGUUGAAGAUGUGUUGGAAACUGAAGCAUUAGAAUUAGUUUCAAGCCAAAGUGAACCUGUAGCUUCAGUGUGUAGGAAAGACCAAGAAUUAAAGAAUAAAGAAGAUAACAAUGUACCAGUGUCAGUUCCAAAAUCUUCAAGCAACAGCCCUUCAAACCCAACAGUCUUGGAUUUAUCAGUUAGUUCAACUCAGGAAUCACACGUGACUGGGCAAUGUGAGGACCAGUCACCUGGUGAACCAGAUUUAGUUUCUGAAGGGGGACAGUUGGGUUUUAGUACAGAAGGAUGUCUUGAUCUGAGUUCUUAUGCAUCAGGGGUUGAAGCCUCGGAAGAAGAUAUUAGUCGUUUGACUUCUCAGUCCUUCUGUUCAAACCAGUCUCGUUUGACAUUGCAACGGAUGGCUCCAUUCAGAAGAGGACCAGGCAGACCUCGUAAAGAUGGAAGUUGUCCAACUCAACGGAAAAAAAUAUUUCCUGGUCGACCUAGGAUGCACAGCAGAAAACCAGGACCAGGUAGUUUAUUUGGAAUUCCACACAGUUCAUCUCUUCCAUCACAGCUGUCUCUACCAGGAUCUGUGCUAGGAGAUGAAUUUGCUGGUGAAAUAGAUACUUUUACCUCGGAUGGUUUGACUGCUAGUCAUAUUUCUCCUCAGUUGAUAAGCUUUGAAACAUCAAAAGAGCCUUCAAAAAUAGUUGAUGUUAAACAGGAUGCAGUAAUGCAAACAGGUGUUGCAUCUCCAGAGUCGUCCAUGCCAUUUCCUUGUAGUUCUUCUCAGGGGGAGAGAGUUCAAGAAGUUUUUCAAGAAAGAUGGCCUGGAAAAGUAUGUGCCUUCUGUAAUCUUGGUGAGAGAAGCUUAUUGGGACAAGGAGAACUGAAUUAUUUUGAACCCACCAUUGGAUUUAAUCCAUUUAAGAAAAAUCCAAGGUCACGACGGGGUUCCAGUGAAAGUGAUGGUGGCGUUCCACAAGAAAAACCCCCAAAAUUCUUUUCAUCAAGACGUUAUCGUGGUACUCCAAAAAAUACAAGGGAAAGAAGCAAGUCACCAAGGUUAGGAGGAGCUUGUCAUUCAGAUGCAGAUCCUAAUAGUAUACCUGUGGACGAGUUAGAAAUUUUGGGUUUUGCUGAAGAACCUGAUCCAUCUCUGCUUUUUGAACCAUCAGGACAUUUUUAUGCUCAUCACUGCUGUGCGUCUUGGUCAGAGGGAGUUUGCCAAACAGAAGAUUACGUUCUUGUCAAUGCUGACAAAGCUGUUUAUGCAGGAAUGAACCAGAGAUGCAGUUAUUGCAGGAAGUUUGGAGCUACUAUCAGAUGUAGAGGAGGAAAGUGUAAUCGUAUAUAUCAUUAUCCAUGUGCUGCAAGUUCCGGAACUUUUCAGGAUAUUAAAACCCUUACUCUUUUGUGUCCUCUUCAUUUGAACCAAGCACCUUCUGUUGCUGGCUCAGAAGCAAACUGCAACUCUUGUGAAGUUCCAGGAAAUAUUCCAGAACUUCUUUUUUGUACAAGCUGUGGGCACCACUACCAUGGAAACUGCCUUAAACCUCCAGUGGCUGUGAAUCCUGUGGUACGGACAGGGUGGCAGUGCCCAGACUGCAAGAUAUGUCAAACAUGCAGGCAUCCAGGUGAUGAUAACAAGAUGUUAGUUUGUGAUGUAUGUGAUAAAGGCUAUCACACAUACUGUUUAAACCCCGCUAUCACCAAUAUACCAAAAAAUGGGUGGAAGUGCAAGAACUGUCGUGUAUGUGGAGAUUGUGGAUCUCGCACCCCUGGAAGUGGACAAAGCUCCCGGUGGCACAGAAAUUACACUGUUUGUGACAGCUGUUAUCAGCAAAGAAACAAAGGAGUAGCCUGUCCUUUAUGUGGAAAAGCCUACAGACAGUUCAUUGGACGUGCAGAAAUGGCUCAGUGUAAAACAUGUCGAAAAUGUAUCCAUCCAGAAUGUGACCCACGGAUAGCUCAACAAAGGCAGAGUUUAUCAACCAGUUCUUAUAUUUGCCCUGUUUGUAAUGGAACUCGUCCUGCAGUUUCUGCCUUGCGUCUUGAUGUAGAAGGUUUGACAAAAAUUCGAAGUAAAGAUGAAGGUGCCUGUACGCCGUCAACCCCAGAUACUUCCAUGAACUUGUCUAGAGAAUCACUUGGGUCAGGAAAUGAUGAUAUUGUAUCAAAUAUAGAUACAGACUUUUUGGGUGCAGAAAAGCCUCAGUUUGGGUUUUCCCAGUUUGGAUCAGCACCAUCUCAACCAAUAGGAUUUUCUCAGCCUAGUGAUAUAAAGUUUCCUGUAUUUCCUCUGACAAGAGCCCUGACUGGAGGAGGCAAGUUUUUAGGGAAGAGAAGGCCUGGAGUUGGUCGACCACGAGGUGUUGGAAAAUUUGCUGGAAAACGUAGAGCAAAGAUUGCAGAGUUCCAGAGAAAAAGAGGUCCAAAGCCUAGAGGAGUCAAAACCCUACAUUUUCCUGGUGUAUACUUUUCUCAUAGCUCAACAUUCAGUGACUCUAAAGAAACCAAAGAUGACGAACCAGGUGUAGAUAAUAAGCUUGUUUUGUGUGCUACAAAUGAUGAGUUUGUGUUGUCUCAGGAUCUCUGUGUCAUGUGUGGGAGUUUUGGAAAAGGAGAAGAAGGUAGAUUAAUUGCAUGCUCUCAGUGUGGACAGUGUUAUCAUCCAUAUUGUGUUAAUGUAAAG